GGAUUUCAUUGGCUGAACUCUUGUUCUUAUGUUAAGGGAGAAAUGAGCAGCGGUAUCUGAUCUCGCUUCUCUGUGCCAGUCAGUAUUUUAUACGUUUCUCUUGAGAAUCUUCUUUGUUCAUCUCCUUUAAAUGUCUUUGUCUCCAGUCAUUUUUAUCUUCCAUGUCUAGAGUUUGUCUGUUUCUUCUAUAUCCUACUGGAGAUAGAGUGACAAGAGCAAAACGGUAUUCAGGUGCUAUACUACUGAGCAAUAAAUCUGGCAAAGUUAAAAGCACUGAAAUUCAUCUGUCAUUCAUAGCAAGAUUCCUAUACAUGUCAAUUCCUUUUAGAAAAAAACUGUUUCUAAGAACAGGGAUGUCAUCUAGAGUCUUAUGUUCUUAAUUAUUACCAGCUAAUGUGUUCAACAUCUAGUAUAGACAAAGCCCCAGUAGUUUUUUUUAACAUGUGUAACGUGUUUGCUGGUGGAGAAAAGCUAGUGGGGAGCUCAUGAUGAUGCCUGUGUAUGCUCCAAAAUAAAUUUUACAAAGGCAAACUUUAUAAUAUUCCUACUUUAGAGCUAGCACAGGGUCAGGAAGACAUUUUUGCUCUACUCAUUGGGUGUGAGGCUGAUUGCUGGCUUGAGUCAGGAGGAAAUCACACCUAUCCCUAGGGGGAUGAGGUUGAUUAGAAGACAUUUUCCUGUGCUCCUGGGAUGAUGCUGAUUGCUGGGUGAGGUCAAGAAGAAACAGCUCUACCCCAAGAGACUAGUUGCUGCUGAGUCUGCUGUAUAAGUUCCUCGGGAGGAGGCCAAAUUCUGAGCUUGCACACUGGGAAGGGAAAUGUGAUCUAUUUUCAUGGCUUUGAAUUCAACACCCUACAGUCACUUGGAAGAUUGGCCAGCCAGGCUGAAACUACUCAGCGAUGACAAGGCAACAGUUUCUGCUUCAUGGGACGCUUGCUUUGUUUCUCUUCAACAUCUCCUAUGGAGCCCAGGAGUUUCCAGUGGGCAAGGUCACCAGUGGUGCCAGUCCUCUAUGUGAGAAAGAGGCUGAGUCCUGGGGAACUCUGUUCAGUGGGGAGCGACUGGAUGCCUGGAUCUUUUCUCUGAUUGGCUCAAUUAUGGUAGGGCUGAGUGGAGUCUUCCCUGUGCUGAUAAUUCCCCUUGAGACAGGAACUGCUCUGCAAUCAGAAGCGGGAUCCAAUCGUUUGAAGCAGCUGUUGAGUUUUGCAAUUGGUGGGCUUCUGGGAAAUGUAUUUCUGCACCUCCUCCCUGAGGCCUGGGCCUAUACCUGCAGCGCCACUACAGGAGCUGGGCAGAGCUUCCAGCAGCAGAAGCUUCUUGGUCUCUGGGUGAUCAUUGGUUUUCUGACCUUCCUGGUGUUGGAGAAGAUGUUCUCACAGAGUGAGAAGCAAGAGUCUCCCAUCAUGGGUAAUAAUUGCAAAGCAGCUUCCAGAGGGAUUCCAAAUGGAAACAGCUUCUCCCUGCAGAAAGUAGAAGGCACAGUCCAAAGAGUAGAGACAAACGUGGCUCAGCGUAAUGGCUCCUCUUUCCCGUCUCACCCACCGGAUCGAAGAAUCAAGAUCAGCGGAUACCUUAACCUGCUUGCCAAUACCAUUGAUAACUUCACACACGGUCUGGCAGUGGCAGCCAGCUUCCUGGUUAGUAGAAAGGUUGGGCUCCUAACCACCAUGGCAAUCCUCCUGCAUGAAAUCCCACAUGAGGUAGGAGACUUUGCCAUCCUGCUUCGGGCUGGGUUUGACCGCUGGAGCGCAGCCAAGAUGCAGCUUUCCACAGCACUGGGGGGAAUUCUAGGAACCUGCUUUGCAAUCUGUUCUCAGUCACCUAAAGGGACAGGGGAAACUGUAGCUUGGAUUCUCCCAUUCACCUCUGGGGGAUUCCUGUACAUUGCCUUGGUAAACGUUGUGCCGGACCUCUUGGAGGAGAAGAAUCCUUGGAACUCGCUGCAGCAGGUUCUUCUCCUGUGCACAGGCAUUACAGUCAUGGUGCUACUCUCACUCACUACAGAAUGACCUCCGCUCAGAUCUCCUCAUGCAGCCUCCUAGAGCUACAUUGACUCUGAGCUCUUACAAAGCAAUAAGUAACACUAAUGUAACUCCUGUGUGUACACGCUUGUGGGUCCAGCUGAGACACAGGUGAGAAAAAGAGGGCAUCAUUGGGGGAUGCUGGACUCCAUUCCCUGGCUCUUCUAUCCCUGCUCUGUCAAAAUCCCACAAACCAGGGUUUCUAAUGUUGGUGUUUUAUGGAGUGAAAGCUUUUGAGGACAGAAAUGAACCAGAAGCCAGCUCAAGGAGAACAGACAAUGUCUCACCCUGGAGUAAGAACUUGGAACUACACAUCCUAAGCUGCUGAGUAACUAGCACAAGAUCUCUGUAUCCGGUGAAGAAGAUUUACCUACUAUUCCAGGCUCAGAGAAAACAGUUUUCCUAAAGCAGCAGCAAACCAACAACUUUCCCCAGUGCAGCCUAACUAGCAGGAGCAGAGGUAGUAUUAAAAUCACAGGUAGAUAGAGGCAAGAAGGCCGCUUUCUCACUCAGCCCUCAUUUAUCAGUAGAAAAAUGGGAUGGUAUCAUCCUAGACAGUCUGUCUUUCUGGGCUCUUCUGUCUUAGCUUUGAAAUCUUGCCUAAUACUUUGGGCAGGUUGGGCUAGGGUUAGGUUUUAUGGCCUAUCCUAAAAGCUUCUGCCUUUAACCUUUACUCCUCUGUUUAGAGAAACUAUCCCCAUCCUCUUCCCUGUUCAACACAGCCUAAAUGCAUAUUUGAGAAAUGGUCAGCAAAUGUUUCCUAUCAUCCCAGGCCAUCAGAUCACCUGUGUCUGUGGGAAACCUGCUCAGUCACUGGCCCCUUCCUAAGGCCUCUCAUCAGGAAGUGGAAAGUGAGCAGGAUGUGGACUGUGGCCACCUAGAGGAAGAAUGGAGGAGAGAGAAAACACUGUAAACAGAUAAAAGGCGGAACAGAGAAGAAAACAUCAUGUGUGGGGGCGAGAUGGAAAGGGGUAGUGUUUCUCAGUGACUGUCCAUGGUCUGGCACCAGUCCCUGAGAUCUCUCUGACACAGUUUAGGAAGGCAGGAAGCCAGUCCCUAGUAUCAAAAAGGUUGAAAAACACUGGUAAGAGGGAUCUGCUGGUGCAAAGGAUGAAAAGUGAGUUUAAUCACUGUAGCAGCAGAGCUGAGCUGGGAAAAAGAAUGUGUGUGUGACAGUGCCUUUGCGUUUGUCAGGUGGUGUCUGGGAUCCCAUUUGAUGGCAGCUUAACAGACUAGUAAAACUAAACCUAAAAGUUCCUGGCUUUUACUGAUUUGGAUUACUGAUUCUGACAACAACACUUCCUCUGGAAUGUCAAAACUUCCUAAGCAUAUUCACAAUUGCUUAGACCUUGCCUAUAGGAGGAGGUUGUACUGAUUUAAUUAAAUCUGUUUUGAACCAACGUAGUUAAAUUAAUGCAACCUCCUUGUGUGAGGUACAGGAGUCCACAGAGUGUUCUGAAUCCAUCCUGUGCCCUCAGACAUUACAGAGAAGACAAAUGAACUUUGCCAUUAACCAGAGAUUGCAUCAAGUAAAUCAAGUAAAUCUGCCUCUGAAUUGCUUUUGUUAAAUAAAUACAACUGUCUUGCAUAGGCAGGGCCUUUUUGGAAAGAGGUGGCUACUGAUGCUGUUCAGGACAUUGAGGACUCCAGAAUGAGACCAAAAUGGCUUAGGCAGUAAGAAACCAGAGGUGCUACCCAGAGCAAGUUGCCAUUUCUUUGCGAGCUCUGAAAAUGUUGACUGUUUCCAUAGCACCCUCCCUACCACUUCUGAAGAAAGCCUGGCAGCUUUUGCUUGCAAUAGUCUCUGCAGAAGGGCUAGUGACUAAAAUCCCUGCAGCUUUCCUUAUACCUAUCUCUGUCACCAGCCUGAUCUGUUGGAGCUACGAGGGAGACUGUCAGUACAAUGUUGUUUCCCCUGGAAAGUUGCCUUCCCAUGAUAGCUGCUAUAUUAUCCAGCUACUGUGAGCUCCAGUCAUGCAUUCAUCCUCCUCUUCUUGGGCAUCUGAGAUGACUCCUAGCCCUUUCGUAAUCAGAGAAGCCACAAGAUACUAGCUCCUCUGGAGACUGGAGCUACCAAACCUCUGGUGUGGGAGCCUGGAGGAAGCAAACGUAUGUACACCCAGCACUUCCCAAAAGAUUGUUAGCUGAAAAUCAGUUCAGCAUUUUUAAAGUUGGGGGCCCAAUGCAUUGCAGGGCUUAGUGCCUGGGCCUUGAUGCUAUUGCAUCAAUGCUGAGUUGGGCCAAGAAUGUAAACCACAGCAGGGAUUCUGUGCUCAGUGUUCAGGAAUGUGCAGUGGGUGACACUGAAGCAUUAAUCACAGAGCUGUUUCUCUUGGCUAGCAGCCCAGUUUUUGGGAAGCUGCACCCACAGGGGCAGUACAGGGCUUUAAAGAGCAAUAGUUAGCUGCUCCAGUGCAUGCGGCACCAGCUCUGUAACUGAACUAAGGGCCUUUGGGAGGGAGGCUGUUAGCCACUCCACCACAUUUGUCACUUUUGGAAAUGCAGAAAGAAUCCUAUUUUCUAGCUCUAUUUUUUUCAGCUACUCCUGUGCAUGUUCCCAUUCAUCUGUAUUGAUCUGAUCUGCAUAGAGACAAUAGAGAUGAAAUAAAUGGUUCUGUGUGUGGA